CGGGCCAAGGUAGGCGGUCUCUUCCUGUGUCUUGGCGUCUACUGUGUGUCGGGGGAAGAGCUUGAUGUUUGCUGGACCGCAUUUUGUGGCUUCUAUUCGCUGUGGACUGCUUAGAAAGAACUGGGAGACCUCCGAAAUACGCAAUGGAGGUGGUGACCUUUGAGGAUGUGGCUGUCAGCUUCACCAGUGAGGAGUGGGCUUUGCUGAGUCCAUCCCAAAAGAAGCUCUACAGAGAUGUGAUGGAGGAAAGCUUUAGGAACAUGGCUGCUAUAGGAAGACUUGGGGAUAACCAUGAAGCUGAAAAAGAAUGCAAAACUUACUGGAGAUAUUUAAGAAAUGACAAGAUAGAGAAAUGCAAUGGUUAUAAAACUUGGAAUCAGUAUGAAGAAACAUUUCCUUGUACCCAAGAUGGAAAUGUGGAUGUUAAAGAAACCGACACACAUCACAAUGAUGUUCAGAUCCAUGAAAUGCACUGCAAUGGAGGGAAACCUUAUGCAUGUAAGCAAUGUGGGAAAGCUUUUACCAAACGUGGAAAUUGUCAGCAACAUGAAAGAAUUCACACUGGAGAGAAACCAUAUGUAUGUAAGCAAUGUGGGAAAGCUUUUACGACACGUGGGUAUUGUCAAAUACAUGAAAGAAUUCACACUGGAAAGAAACUCUGUGUAUGUAAGCAAUGUGGGAAAGCUUUCACUACACGUGGAGCUUGUCAAAUACAUGAAAGAAUUCACACUGGGCAGAAACCCUAUGUAUGUAAGCAAUGUGGGAAAGCUUUCACGACACUUUCAUGUUGUCAAAGACAUGAAAGAAUUCACACCGGGCAGAAACCCUAUGUAUGUAAGCAAUGUGGAAAGGCUUUCAGCACAAAAUGCUCUUGUCAAUCACAUGAAAUCACUCACACUGGGGAGAAACCAUAUAUGUGCAAGCAAUGUGGGAAAGCUUUCAGCAGAAACACUCAUUGUCGAAGACAUGAAAGAACUCACACUGGGGAGAAAGCAUAUAUGUGUAAGCACUGUGGGAAAGCUUUUACCACAAAUGCAUAUUGCAAAGCACAUGAAAGACUUCACACUGGAGAGAAACCUUAUGUAUGUAAGCAAUGUGGGAAAGCUUUUACCAUAAAUGAAUAUUGCAAAAUACAUGAAAGACUGCACACUGGAGAGAAACCUUAUGUAUGUAAGCAAUGUGGAAAAGCUUUCAACAGGUACAGUGAUCGUACAAUACAUGAAAGAACUCACACUGGAGAGAAACCCUAUGUAUGUAAGCAGUGUGGGAAAGCUUUCUCCACACAGCAAUAUUGUCAUAUACAUGAAAGACUUCACACUGGAGAGAAACCCUAUGUAUGUAAGUAGUGUGGGAAAAGUUUCACCAGGCACAAUCAAUGUAAAACACAUGAAAGAACUCCCAUUGGCUAUUAAUUGUAUGUAUGUAAGCAAUGUUUGAAAACUUUACCACAGGCAGAUCUUAUCAUAUACAUGAAAGAAUUCACACUGGGGGAAACCCUAUGUGUGUGAACAAUGUGGGAAAGCUUUUAGUACAAACAGUCAUUGGCAAACAUACAAAAGAAUUCACACAGGGUUUCUAUGGAAAAUGAGAUAAUAUAGUAAGCAUUGUUCAUUUUCUGUUAUUUGGUUUGAAUGCCCUGUAAUACUCUCAUUCUCUUGAAUGGUUUUAUGCUAUUUUGUUAUGUUUGAUACUAUUGUAUAUGAAGUUAUGCUCAACUAUUUCAAAGAAAGAGACAUUAUGGUAGCUACUGUUAAUUAUGGGUUGUCUUGUGGUGAAAUACUGUGUUGCUUACAUUGUUCUGUUCUCAACUGCUUUCUUAUGUCCUCUUUUGUUUUAAUCUCUUUAAAAUUAAAAAAAUUCAUACAAGGAAUAAACACUGGCUACAUAUAAGCAAUGUAGGAAAGCUUUCAGCAGGCCCAGUGAAUGUAAUAUACAUGAAAAAAACUUAACUGGGUAGAAACCAUAUGUGGGUAAGUAAUGUGGGAAAGAUGCCUGUCCACACACUGUUUGAAACAUAUGAAAGAAUCCUCAAUGGGUACACACUUAAUAUAUAUAAUGUUGUUGAGCUGGGUGUGGUAGCCCAGGCCUAUAAUCCCAACAGUCCAGAGAGUGAGGCAGGAGGAUCAUUGUGAGUUCAAGACCAGCCUGGGCUACUAAGUAAGCUCAAGGGCCACCUAAACUGCAUAUUGAGACCUUGUCUCAAAACAGAAAUACAAACAAAAUAUAUAUAUAAAGAUCUUGUUUUGAAAUUCUGGUGAAAAUUUCUCAUGUGGAGACCAGAAGAAAUAAUUAAUACAAGAUAUUUGAUAUCAAUAUUUCUUCACAAAUGUUCCAGAAAAUACAAAUCUGAGGUGGAGUGCUCCUAAAUUACUAUGUUGUAUGGCUUUCAAUAAGUCACUUAUAAAUAUUCAAAUUUUGUACAUGUAGGAUUUCAUAUAAAAAAUACUGAGUUGAUGUAAAUUUGCAUUUUUGAGUGUCUUUGUGCUUAACCAUAGUGUGUUUUAAUUAAACGUGAAUUGAAAUGCACUUUUUAUUUUCAAGUAUGGUUAGUGUCUUUGUAGUUAAUGUUUUGUCUUUAAAAUUGGGAGAUAUAGGCCACCAAUGAUUUCAUUUUUGUAUUAUUUUUAUUAAUUGUUGGGAUUUUGCCUCUUAUGUUUUUGUUCAGUUUUUGAUGCCUAUACUUCAUCUUCGGUGUAACAAAUGAUGUUUCUGAAUUUGAUGCUACAUAUUAUAUUAAGAUCCACAGUUUCAGAGGCUUGUGGGCAUGUGUUUUUAACAAAGUUGAAUUAUUUUUCACACAAUUUGUAGAUUGGCAAAUGUCGUGUUAUUCAUAUUGUGACAAGAUACCUGCUUAUACCCUAAUGUCAUUGUCUAUCAUGUCAUGUACAUUGUGUUGCCUGUUUUUCUUUCUUAUUGGAGUCAAUAUUAUUUAUGUAAACAUUUGUUUUCUUGCCACCCAAAUUUUACUUGUCAUGUUUAUAUUGCAUUGAUUUUUACUUUAUUGUUAAUUUUUCCAUCACAUGUACUAAAAAUCAACUGUACUACCGUGAAUUUCUGAUUGCUCCAGACCAGCUGAACCAUAAAUUGUCUUGAAAAGCAUAUCAGGAAUUAUAGUAAUAUCUCCAAGAAGUAUAAACAAUAGUAUGAUUUAUCAGUAACAACACAUCAAAAGGAAGUUUUCUCAGUUGCUUUUGGGAAAUUGGUUGGUACCAAAAUGUAUUUUAUUCUAUUUGUAGUAAUUAUUGCUUUUUCUUAAUACACUGAACUAAUGAAUGAAAGGAAAAUUUAAAUUGAGAGGUAUCAGUGUUGUAAAAGAUGACUUUACUAAAUUCUAAUUCACAAUGUGUUGUUUUUAACCAGUUUUUGAGAUAAAUCUAUACAAUACCAUUUUGGUGUUCAUAAGAACACUGUCUGAUGUUUGCAGUAUGUACCAGUUGCUGUCAGUCACCUACACUGACCUGUUUUCACUCUUUUUAACAUAGGUGUAAUUUGUAAAGUUCUUAAUACACUGUUCUUGAAUACAAAAACUACUCAAAUUCUGAAUGUUGUCACAAACCUAUGAUAUUAUGAAAACAUCUGUGAGUACUACAUUAAGUAUCCCUAGUACAAUGAGUAUAGUUUUAUUUAGUCUGAAUUAUGCUCCAACACAUAAACUGUUCACCAAUUGUGUAAUUUCUUCUAAAAUUAUGUCAAUUUCCUAUCUGAUACAUAUAGUUUGUGGACUAGAGUCUGUACAGUGCCAAUUUUUAUAACUUACAACAUGUGGCCAACUUCUCUGGAGCACAUUUCUGAUUACUGUCACAAGGAAAAUAUGUCCUGUGUAUUGCUCUUCUAGCUACUAAUUGAAUAUUGAAUCUUUAUGACAUUUGUCCUGAAUACAUUUAUCUUCUCAUUUUACCAUGAAAAUAAAAGUUGAUGGUAAUAUUGAUGCAUACUUGUAAUCCCAGGAACUCAGGAGACUUAACUGGGUGGAUAAAACAGUUGCAUUUAGCCUGUUCAAUUUGGUGGAAUCUUGUUUUAAAAUAUAUCUUCAAUUUCUGCAGAUGUAGGCUGGUGCUUUUGUAGUCCCAGACUGAUUCCCCUUAGAUUAUUCUAACACUGAGUUACUCACCAUAGUUGUCCUUUUUCUCUCUUGACCACUUAGCAUUUUACCCAAGCACCACAGGGGCAGCGCAUUUGUUUAGGGACUGGCUAUCCUGAGCAUAUAUUCUUUCUGAGGUUGUGACCCUAUUUUCCUUGGGAAUUAUGGGUAUGAAUCUAUGGUUUCAUUUUUCUUUUUCUUUCUUUCUUUUUUUUUUUUCCCCCCCCCCCGAGACAGAGUCUCACUAUGCAAAUCAGGCUGGCCUUGACUCAUUUUGUAGCCCUGGCUGGUCUCGAGCUUGCAACGAUUCGCUUGGCUCAGCCUCCUGAGUGCUGGGAUUACAGGUGUGCACCACCAUGCCUGGCAAAUCUAGUUUCUAUACAUUAAAUAUUUGUGGUCAUGCUCAGAGAAAGAUUUUUUUAUGUAGUUUCUGGAGAAAAGGGUGAUGAAUUUUACAUGUUAAGGAGGACUUUGAAGUGACUCCAGGAAAGGGUCUUCCUCUAGUAAAUAUUAGGGUGUAAGGGUUGCUUUUUCACACUGGGAAAGGGGAGCAGCAGACCAUGCUCAGCUCGCAGAAUUAGCAUUUUGACUUCUUGUUGCCUCAUCACCAGGACUCAGUGUGAUUCGUCAGUCUCACCUUCCACGUGGAGAAGAGAUUUAAUGGUCUGAAUGUGGAAUUUUCUUUGACAGUAGCAGCAGGUGGCUUUUUUUCACUUUUGGUUGUUCUGUAGAAUAAUGCUGCCUAGUGAAUAUAGUAGAUAUGUACAUAA